AUGUCCGGACACGACGUGUCUCAAUUGCGCCUCCUUGCAGAGAAGCGUGUUGCUGCUGGUCUCAAGGCCGCCAUCAACAACCCCAACGUCUCCGAGGAGGCUCGUGAGCGCGCGCAAGAGCGCCUCGAGCAUAUGGGUGCCAGCACCGAGACCGACAACUCUGGCCGCUACGCCACUGGUACCGUUGACUCUAGCGGCCACGAGACGAACCGUGUCCUCGGCGGAUACAAGGCGACUCUGCACAACCCGCGCGCGAGUGAUGAGGCCAAGCAGCAUGCCCGUGAGAUCCUUGAGGCUGACGGCUACACUGUCGAACCGGGCCCGGGGAUCACUCAGGACGAGCACCAGACCCGUGUCCUUGCAGGCUACAAGGCCGCGCUGCACAACCCGCGCGUCUCCGAGGAGGCCAAAGAGCACGCGAGGGAGUACCUUGCGGCGCACGACGCGCUCUAA